GGGUAAACCACUAUUAGAAAUCAUUGUACAUUUUUUGGGUAAUCACCUGGCAAUACAUGGGAAUCAACUUGGGAAUCCAUAGGAAUCACAUGGAAAUCAUGGGAAUCACAUAGAAAUCCAUGGGAAUCACAUAGAAAUCCAUGGGAAUCACAUAGAAAUCCAUGGGAAUCACUUGGAAAUCCAUGGAAAUCAAUGUGGAAAUCCAUAGAAAUAACCUCACUUUUUAAUAUCACUUGUGUUCACACAUGUUUUAGCUGCCUUGUUUUUGUUUAGAUUUUGUGGGUUUUUGAGUGUUUUUAGUGCUAAAAAAUUACAAAACUGGUAAGUAAUACUAAUUCUUGAGUAUGGAAUUUAAAAAAUAUGUGAUUGUACCGACAUUAUCAGCAUCUUUAGCUAAUAAUCUAGUUGAAUUGUUUAGAUUUGUUUGAUUUGCAUCUAUGUAAAUUUAAAGGGUCAAUAUUGCAUUCACUGUAUUUAAAUUUAUUAAUUUGUAUUUAUUAUUAACAAACCCAGCAAACAUUCUGGCUUCUUUGAUUUCCAACCAGGCCCUAUAAAUUUUACAUUUUUAAUGAUAACUAAUUUAUACCUUUCUUGUUAGGACUAGCUGAACUAACAUUACAUAAUAAUUAAAAUAAAAUAAAAUUAUUAUGAACAGUGUAAAAGUUAGAGAGUAUGGCUUAAGUACGUCGUUGCAAUCAAACUGUGCUCGAAUCUGACAGCACUGUUAUAAUGUAUCUAAUAAGAAUAGGUACUAUAUAUACUCCGAGAUAUACUCGUAAAAAGGCAUUGCUUUAUUUAAGAGUUAGAUUUGUUAUUAUUUUCAGGUUACUUACGAUGGAAUAUAUUAAUGGUUUGUUAAAAAGUUUUGAAGCUGAAGUUCCCGCUUAUCUCAAAUCACUUCUUAUAUACAACGGAUUUGAUAAUUUAUAUUCCCUUUCACAGUUUAAUAUUGAUGAAGACAUUGAGAGAAUGGAGUGUUAUGCAAGGGACGUCCUUUCAAAGGUAUUGAAAGGAGAAGAAAAAAAAGCAAUGUUUGGAAUUGUCAGCGAAGAAUGCUCUCUAUUUAAAAUUCCGGAAGGCCAUAAAAAGCUUUUGCGCUUUGUAAAGGAAGAAUCAGAAAAAAAAAUUAAACUGCUAAAACGUCCACUUCUUUGUGAAAGGUCUGAAGGCUGUCCAGCUGAAAAAACUUUCCCCAAAAAGAGAAGAACAGUGACAAAUAAAAGUACAUCUCGAUCUGAGAGUGGUAAUGAAGGCGAUGGUUUUUGUACUCCGAAUGAUGGUUGUGUUUCUCAAGAUGAAGAGCAAGUUAAUUAUGCGAUGCAGCAUGUUUUAAAUAUUAGUCGAAGCUAUAUCGAUAAAUUUUCACGAAAUGAAUUCGACAAAGGCAAAAUUAGUGAAGAACGAUUACAAGAUGUUUUAAAUAAUUCCAAAAACCUUAAAGUCAAAAUGGAUGGUGAAUUUACUGCAAAAAUAUCUUGCCCUUUAUGUACAUAAAGUACAGUUAUGUACACAAAAUAAAUCAGGACACACAAAUAAAUUUGAUGAUGAAAUGAAACGAUUCUGGCUUUAUAUAUUCAUUAGCGCAGGAAGGAUGAGUUAUGAAAUAUUGCACUCAAAUUUAAAAAAUAUACUGCCUUCUGUCACAACUAUUCACAGACAACUAGAAGAAAUGAAUAAUAUAUUAGAGGGUGAAGUGAGAAUUGAAGACUUAAAACUUUAUUUACAAAAGAGAAAUUAUCCACCCAUAAUUUUUAUAUCCGAAGAUCAAACUGCACUCAUCAAAAAAGUCCAAUAUGAUUCAGCUUCAAAUCAAAUGGUUGGCUUUGUAGCACCUUUACAGGAACAGACGAGAUUUCCUCGCAUUAACAAAUUCCCAGUUGAUUCAGUUAGCGACAUUGAAAAUGCUUUUAAGAAUAAAACAUUAGCAAUAAAUGCAUAUAUUUUUAUGGCUCAGCCAUUAGUAGAUGGAUCACCCGCAUUUUGUAUAUCAAUAUUUGGCAGUGAUAAUAGAUUUACCUCAGAAGAUGUUUAUAAACGAUGGCAAUAUCUCAUAAAGGAAGCAGGAAAACAUGGAAUUACAAUUUUGGGCUUUUCAAGCGAUGGUGACACUCGGUGCUUAAAAAGUAUGAAAAUUAUAUCGAAAUUGUCAUUUACUUCAUUGAACCCUUACUCUCCCUAUUUUCAGGCGAAUUACAAUUUAGAAAAUCCAGCAGUUUUUCAAGACACUAUACAUAUAUCAACGAAGCUUAAGACUCGUUUAUUAAAUGAAAAUAUUUCUAUGAAUAUGGGAGGAAAACGAGUAUCUAUUGACAAUAUCCGGUACAUAAUUGAAAACUAUCCUAGAGAUAAACACUUAUUAUGCAAGAGCUUCCUUGAAUCUUCCGACAAAAUGAACUUCAAUGCAAUAGACAAGUUAAGUUCUGAACAUGUCACAAAUAUGCUUAAGGAAGUUCCCAACGCCGAAGCUACAAGGCAAUAUUUAAUACUGACUCGCAACAUAUUGGAUGCAUUCUUGUUAAAAGAAAUUAGUGUUGAAAGACGAGUAUACCUAAUUUGGUAUUCAACUUUUUUCAUGCGUAUUUGGAAAGCCUGGCUAAAAAAAAAUGGUGAAAAUAUCCAAAAGAAUUUUAUCACCACAAAUGCCUAUACAUGCAUAGAAAUAAACGCUCAUGGAAUUAUUUUAGUCAUUGAAAAACUUCGGCAAAAUGGAAUUUCAGAAGCUUUUCUUCCAUGGCUGUAUAGCAGUCAGCCAUGUGAAAAAGUAUUUAGAGAAACUCGGUCCAUGAGUAGCACAUUUUCAACUAUGAUAAAUUAUACACUGCUGGAUGUUUUAAGAAGAUUAAAACGUAUACAAGCUAUGCAUGAGAUAAGCACAGACUUAGGUCCCAAUUUUAGAUUCCCCAGGCAAGAAAACAAACGACUUGGAAAUAAUUCAAGUGUCUUUAAAGUAACUGAGUUUCCAUCAACUGAUGAAAUGAUUAACAUAAUUAAAAAGGCCCAAGAAGACGCACUAUCUGACGCUAAAAAAAUUGGGAUGGAAAUGAACAGGGAUUGUUGUAUAGAAAUUAAUUUACCGACUUGUGACAAUCCGGAAGAGCAAGAAGAGGUGCAGGGAAGUAUAAUUAUCACUGAUACCAUUUCAAAGGAACAUGAGCCAGACCUCGAGCCAGACUUUUCUAAUGAAGACCGGGAGUUUCUUGAAUAUACCUCUACAUUUAAUAAUUAUGACUCUUUACAUUUGAGAGACUAUACGGGUCAAAAGAAAGCACAAAAAUCGUGUCUGUCAGUGACACUUAAAGACAAAAAAACACGAAUUAUAAAAAAAUCUACUCUAAUUUGGUUUUUUCAGGAAAAACAGGGUCGUUUAUCAACCGACAGACUGCUCCGGGUAAAGGGAAUGACAGUUAAAAAUACGCAUAAGGGGUUAUCAAAAAAAAAACAGUUCAGGAAAAAGCCAGGCAAAGGACUUCAACCAGCAGGCAAUAUCAAAAAAAGAAAAAUGUUUCGUCAACCUCAUGAACGAGCUCAUAAAGAUAGUACAUCUGAAUCUCGAUCUGAAUCAGAUGAGAUUAGCUUAGAAAGUGAAACUUUGAGUGAAGAUUUCUCUGACUUAGAAGAUUGCCAUAACGAAAGUACAAAAAUGCCAGUAAUUCAGCUAGAAUCUUAUUAUGCUGUGUUUUAUGAUACACAAUGGUAUCUAGGGCGUGUCAUCAACAGCUACAGCUCAGAAAAGUUUAAAGUGAAAUUUUUACAACAAGACCUGGAUACUUUUAAGUGGCCCAAAAAAGAUGAUAUCCAAGAUGUUCACAAAGAGUUUAUAUUUUAUGGACCAGUUAGUCUAAGCGGAACUGAACCAUUUUCUUUAAAAAGAAAUGAUUUGAUUGCUAUUAAACAGAAAUACAAAACAAUCAAAUCCAUCAAAUCAUUAAAAAAUUAAACAUAUUUUUUUAUGUUAUUUAUUAUGUUAAUAAAGCUACUUUGCUUAAU